AUGCCCACAUCCUGGCAAACGCCAUGCCCACAUUCAGACUCACCCCAGCCCCUGAACGCCUCGGACGAGGCCUAUUCGACGACUCCGACGGUCGCCGUGGAGAUUUCAGAGGGCGACGGCCAGGGCGCGCCGUCCGAGGCGCCGCCCCUCCCAGAUGGUCUUCCGCACGGGGAAAGGUAUGAUGCGGAGUCGGGGGAUGCGAAAACGGAAAUAGUAGAGGAGACUAUGGACCAAACGUUAGCCCAGUCUUCGGGCCCGGCCUCCGUGGACGUCGCUGUGGGGGAGCUCGGUCGGAAUCCCAUGAGAGUGCGCUGGUGUGUGCAUAUCGCCCUGCAGUCUUUUCACGAGGAGCCGUGGGCCAUAAAUCUUCGCCGGAUCGCACGCUCCGAGAGCUGCUCCUCACCUCACCACGAGAGGGAGUGGCGAGGGAAAAAGGCAACCCUGACCAAUGAAUCGAGCGAUGGGCCCCCCUCCUCCUCCUCUCCAAGCACCCCCACGCUGAACUCUGAGGAGGAUUUCAGUGAUGCCUCCGACUUUUGUGGUGGGGAAGGGGCUGGAAAAUUAGGUAAUCACGACGAUCACCCAGCGGGUGUUUUUCUAGGCCCAAAGACAACGUCGCAGCUUCGCGGAAGGUCGGUGAAUGACCCUACGGGGGCGAGCCACUCUGGAAUUCAGCUCCGCGCGGUGCGAUGGAGCGAGGAGGAGGUGAUGGGGGCUUUGCGCACGACGGAGUGUGAUCCCACCCCGAUCAGUCGUGAUGCCCUCAACAAUGAGCUGAGGACUCUCCAGCGAUGCCUGGGGGAGGUGAAUCAUCCACCGCUGACCUUCGCAAACGACGAGCUGCUGCGGCAUAUUUAUAAUGUCGAAUUCAUCCUUUCGCAAGGCGUUCAGGAGGGACAUGGAGGUGGGAAAGGAAAACAGCUAAGUUAUACCCUUCGAAAGCCGAUUAAUAAGCUGCUGUAUGGGACGUUAGGGCCGGCUGUCGACGCGGUGAUGGACCACGGCGUGAACGCAAUCGUGCUGAUGUACGGUGGCACCCGAGAGAUGCGUCAUCUGGGGCUUAUCGGCACCCCCAAGGCGCUUGGUCUCUUUCCUAAAGGCAUCACGAUGCUCAUGGAGCGCUACCUCUCACAAGAUCCGCAGCCGCAACCGCAGGAUCUUCCCCCCCUUUCCGGCGACCCGAGCGGAAUCCAACAGGCCGCGCCCGAUAAAGACGCGGUGGCUUCGUCGCUGCUAUCAAACGGCGGCGCUCCCCGCAGCCUUUGCAGCUGCGAGGAGGCGGCGCCAGUCGACGGCGACCGGGUGGAUUAUUUUCCGCCUAAUGCGACCGCCACCCAGUCCAUCCAUUUUGUCCGGGUUAAGGCGACUUUUAUCGUCUAUGAUACCAAAACAGUUGUGGACUUGUUCGAUCUAAACAAUAGAAAUGCCGAGAUGGUGCUGAAAGUCGGGCAUCCACAUGGUGGCUCUACGAUCGAACAUAGCGCGGAGGACUUCGGCUGCAGCCCCGAUGCCGCCCCCGUGACCAAUUCCUUUGUCCUAAACGCCCAUAGCAUUCCUGUUGAGACCAUCAACGACGCCUUUUCUCUGCUCGAUGUUGGGCUGGAGAACUUUUCGCAUACCCUGCAGAAAGGCCUCUUUGAGUCCGAGACGAGCACCACCCUGAUGUUCUCCCUCACGCUCUUCACCGACGCGGAGGAGAAGGGGGGCUCGGCGACGAUGCACAUGAUCUGUCUAGCGGAGGAUCAGGCGGUGCAGACCUGGCUGGCGAGCACCCUUGAGGCCCACCAAAAGGCCCUUUUUCCCUCGAAGCCCCUCCACGCCGCGCCGCCGCCGCCGCCGCCGCCUUUUUGCCAUCAGGCCGCGACGAUGCUCCUGCCGGCGGUUUAUUUCGGCAAUGUCUUCGUCUCCGUGAUGGUGUGCGUGUACAACGCGAUCACCGCGCUCACGCGUGUGAACCGCGACCUGGGGCUCGCGUUGAUGGGCUACCGCAUGCACACUGCCCCGACGGCCUCUUUUCUGUCCUUUUCAGAUCCCGCCGCGUCGUUUUCGGGGUUAGCGCGGAGUACGCUGCCCCUCGCGCGCCCGCGGUGGGGCUGGGGGUGGGGGAUGGAGGAGCUGCGGAGCCCCACCCGCCGCGCGCGGGGGGUCAUCGGCAUCCCGCUCGGCGAGGGCGACAAGGAUUUUCUCGCGGCCCGGCAUCGCUGCUAUGAUGCGGCACCCCAGGUCGCCCUGCCCGCGGUCGAUAUCAGCAUCGUCGUGGUGAACCCCAGCGAGCGGCUUCGCGUGGUGUUGAAUCCCCGUGGUGCGGCCUCCCACCUCGCGCCGGCCAACGCGGCCUCGCCUCCCCCGACCCAGUUGAUUUCCCCGAAAAAAGAGCGCGGCUUUCGCUAUACCACGGCCUCGCGGUCUUUUUUACCGCAGCCCGGGAAGGACCGGGCCGUUCACGCGGCCUCGACCCUCCGGUCCUGCGGUGAGGAGGCCGACUCGGGGAACGCCUCCAGCCGGUCCGGCUCGAGCCCAUCGCUCAGCUCCGGCCUUCCUUUUCCAUCCUCGCCCGGGGAGGACCCGCUGGAGACUUCGCGGGCCCCUUCCGCCUCGGGCCGAUCCAAAGACGGUGAGGAGGCCAAGAGCGAGGCCGCCUUUCCGGCCUCAGCCGACCCGACAUCGACGGCGAAGGUCGACCCCCAACCCGCGAACUCUUUCGCGGACACCUCGGACGUUGUGGGGAUCUCCCAAUUUUACAAGAACGCGAUGGGGGAGGAGGAGGAGGAGGAGGGGGCGGACCCUGCCCGGACGCCGGCGGGGGUUUCCCCGUCCGUGGGUGUGUGCAAAAAGGCAAAAAACGAGGCGGCCGCGGCCGCCUCCCGAUCCUCCGAGGCCGAGGACUUGGAGUCCUUGCUGGAAGAGUUUUCGGUGUUUUUUAGACAUUCCUACGAGAGCGAGCGGCGGCUGAAGGAGCUCGAGAAGGCGUUGGAAACCGCGCAGGGGGAGCGACUUGCGGCGGCGGAGGUCCAGAGCGAUCCCCAGCCUGGCCUCAUCGACCCUCGCGCGCUUCUCGAGCAUAUGGAGGCGAGGCUCGAGAGCGUCGGGCCGCCUGCCCUGCUCGAGAGUUUGAAAGGUCCCCUGAUGGAGUCCGCGGCUUGGCGGGGCGCCCUUAAGGCCUCGCUCGAGCGCCCCGGCAACGGCGAAUCCGUUUUGGCGAGGGCCACCGGAUUGGACGGGCAUACCGCUAUCCUGAAGUUGUGGGAUGCGAUGAUUCAACAUUACGAGGAGGUCGAGCAGGGGCCGUGGCCAGAGGGCCGCGCGGAGUCGGAGAGGAUGCUGACCGCCUUCGCAAUGAACCAUCAGAGGCUGCUGAUGAAGUGGAUUAGGGAGUAUGAGAAGAGGAUUUGUGCGUUGGAGACGGAAAAUGGGCGUCUGCGGGAAUUACAUGGCGAAAAGGGGGAUGUCCUCCUCAACAAGAAUACAAUGGAUGAUGAUCCAUUGUCUGGUCCGCCAUCACUAUUGCAGAUUGAAGAAUCCUCGAGCCCUAGUUUGGUACCAUUUUCUUCUUCAGAAAUAUUGGCGCAGCAUAAGGCGAUGUUUGACGCGUUUAUCUAUAAGGAAUAUAGAAUAUAA